ACAUGAGCUCACCUUAUCCAGCAGGAGAAUUAUUAGCCGAGCUGUGUUUAAAUAAGUUCGAUACAUUACCCAAAACUGGAAAACCAACCAAUAAGGAAUGGACGAUCCUAGCAGGUGUUGUACAGUAUGACGAAAAUCGGAAGGAAAGUAAGGUUGUGGCGCUGGGUGCUGGUACAAAAUGCAUUGGUAGAAGCAAACUAUGCAGUGGCGGUUUAAUAUUAAAUGAUUCACAUGCAGAAGUACUAGCGAGAAGAGCACUGCUACGAUACUUUUAUGCUGAACUUAGAAAAGCAAUAGAGAAUAAAUUGUCCAUAUUUCAGUGGAAUGCAGAAAAGUUAUUUUUCACUCUAAAGCGAGAAUUGAGUUUUCACUUCAUUAGCACACAAACGCCUUGUGGUGAUGCUUGUAUUGAGGACGAAUCAUGUGACGAGGAAAGUAUUGAAACACCUAAUAAAAAGCCUAAACUUGUCUGCGAUGAAUUAGUACAAAAAGAUUUUGGUAAGACUUUGUUGAAUGACAGUGAAGUGGUUUACACUGGUGCUAAACUAAUUGGGGAACACAGUGAUCUACUCCAACAGUUUGUGGGAGUUGUACGUACUAAACCAGGCAGAGGUGAUCGCACGCUGUCAAUGUCUUGCAGUGAUAAAUUGUCGAGAUGGAAUGUUUUAGGUGUACAAGGCGCACUACUAGAUACUCUGCUGGAUAAACCCAUUUACUUUGAAACAUUAACAUUUUGCUGUAGUAGAAGUAAUGAAAAAUCCAUACGUCGUGCCAUA